ACGGAUGACGCAAAGCAUGUGAAAUAGGGCGUAAUGAUGACGCUAGGUCCGUGCACUCAUUUCGCUGUGUAGGACCUUGCGGGGCCUCAUCUUUUCAAUGCGUGAACAAUGUAUGUAUAGGAAUUGCCGUAGUUCUGCUGAUAGGACGAGACCCCUCGCAUGAAGUAAGUUUCUAUCUAUGGGCAUUACUUGCAACUGUAGCCGCUGCAAGAGUGAGUGGCCGUUUGAUUUCCGGGCCGGCGACGUAAUUCAUGGCAAACAACGAAAAGAGGAUGAAAAGAACAUGAUUAGCACCGAUGGCCUCUCUAAAUGCGAGGCGACACGGCGCAAGACGGGGAAAAGGCCACUGGGGGAGAUGCUGCACCUUCUGUCCGCUGUCAUUGUCUGGCUUGUGACGGGGACAACUAUCUCCAGUCUUAACAAAUGGAUAUUUGCAGUGUACAACUUCAGGUACCCCUUACUGCUAUCGGCCCUGCACAUGUUGACAGCAAUAGUGGUGGACUUUUGGCUUAUUAAACUUCGAAUGCUCCAGCACAAAGGAGGUGUUGACAAGCAUAAGGACCUUACCAACAGCGCCAAAUGGAAGGUGUUUCUAUUGAGCUUGACAUUUUGUGCCAGCAUUGCGUUUGGCAACGUGGGUCUGAACUAUGUCCAGCUGUCAUUUGCCCAAAUUAUCUACACCACCACGCCAAUCUUCACCCUGGCGAUUUCCACCCUUAUCUUGGGCAAGCAGCAUCACAUCCUCAAAUACACGGCCAUGAUGCCCAUCUGUCUGGGAGCCUCGUUCAGCAUCAUGGGCGAGGUCCAGUAUGACCAGACCGGUUGCUUCUUCGUUUUCGCUGCGACAAUGUUGAGAGGUGUCAAAACCAUCCAGCAAAGUAUCUUGCUCCAGGAGGAGAAGAUCAACUCUGUGUUCCUGCUCUACCUGAUGUCCAUCCCCAGUUUCUGCAUCCUGGCCGUAGCUGCUCUGGCCCUGGAGAACUGGGCCGUGCUAGAGUCUCCAAUGCAUUAUGACCACAACUUGUGGCUCUUCAUCCUGCUCAGCUGCCUGGGCUCUGUCAUGUACAACCUGGCCAGCUGCUGCGUCAUAACCCUCACCUCCGCCGUCACCCUGCACAUCCUCGGCAACCUGAGCGUGGUGGGCAACCUGCUGCUCUCCCAGCUGCUGUUCGGCAACGAGAUGUCAGCGCUCAGCUGCGUCGGCGUGGCACUCACACUCUCCGGCAUGCUCAUCUACCAGAACUCUGAAUUUAUCUCAGACUACAUGGACGCACGGCGAGACAAAGCCAGGGCGCUCAUUCGUGGGAGGGAGGAGGACAUCGCUGGCCCAUCACAACCCCCCCAAGACCAGCAGGGGAGCAGGGAUGCCGAUGGCAAGCGAGAGGAUAAGAUAGACUGAGAGAGAAGGAGGAUAGGAGUUGGACUGUUUACAGCAACCCUGUUGCUUAGUUAGUUAAGUCAGGUGGUUCUGUGAAGAGGAUCAGGAGAUGGGCUUCAACCUCAUGAGAUCAUAGUUGAUGAUGACAUGAGUGACAGAACUUGUUUGUUGGGUCGUUUUUACCUCUUCACUGUGCCAAUGUAUUUAUUUCUGCCAUGGUCUCAUAGAAUGAGAAGUCAGUCUAGGCCAGCUGACAAAAAAAUCUGAUGCCUUUCUGAAAGUGACAGUUGAGUUUUCACUGUUCUAAUACCCAUACGUGCACACAUCCUGGUAUAUGCAUGCAUGAGCACACAAUGUGAUAUAUCUCAUGAGGUGUCGCUCUCACUACUCCACUGUGAAAAUGUUCAACAUGAGUGAGUGCUCAAUGGGAUGUUGGGAGGGAAGGAUUAGGAACACCUCCUAUAGAUGGGCACAAAUAAAAUAAAAAUAAGCAUGGUACUGUUACCUAUCCUUCCCCUGGUCUUGUAUCAGUGUGAAUGAGGUUUCCUGGCAGCUUUUUAUGUGGUGGAUCUUAAUAUGGGGGGUGUAGCAUUUGUUCUAGUGCUAUAGCUUUUGUCUAGAUGACGUUUACAAUGGCGGAGACAUGCAAGCUAACAGGGUCGGCAUAUCAUUUCUGUUGGCUGUUUGUAGGCAUGGAGGUCAGUGAGCCACACUGUUAAUCUACUGCAUGGCGAAGCGCAGAUCUGAGGCACGCACUUUUCUCCUGCUCAGCGACCUCUUAUUGCAUUUCCUCUUAAUAAAAGGAACCUAUUAUAAUCAGUUUAAUAACCUCCAACCUGAACAGCAGUUCUCACUGCAGAAAACCUCCUAUUAUUAGGCCCAUUCACUCUAAGGAGUCUCACUCAUCUUUAGUACAGUUAUUUUCUUCUGGGAGAGAUCAUAAAAAGGAUUUCAUGAUCCUCCUUCCUGCCACUCCUGGGCCGAACAGAAAUGUCUACUCUGCUAGGUUUCAUGUCUCCACUCAGAGGGUGCCUCUAUUUUUAACCUUUUACGUUUAGUCUCCCUUAACCUCUGCUGGACAGUGUUAUUGUAACUCUCAUUACAAUACAUUUGAAUAUUUAUUAAGACAUUUUAGUGUUAUUGUUUUUUUUCUUCUGCUUUUUGAAUUGGGUAAUGGACAUGGCUGUUUAUGGCUCUUAGAAAGGACAAAGGAUGUUUUUGUUUUGCCAUCUACGUUUAAAAAAAUCUGUAAUUGAAGUUUGAAAGCACUUAUGGUAUCUUGUCUAUAGCAGGGUUUCCCAAGGUUGGUCCUGCCCCCCCCCCUGGGUGUACGGUUGAUCUUUUUUUUUACCUGUACCACUACACAGCUGAUUCAAAUAAUCAAAGCUUGAUGAUGAGUUGGUUAUUUGAAUCAGCUGUGUAGUGCUAGUGUAAAAAAACAAAGUGUGGGGGGUGGGGGGGGACAACAGAGUUUGGGAAACCCUGGUCUAUAGCACUGACAUGACAAUAUGACAGUGGUCACUCAGUAGCUGGAGGUCUAAUCAACUGGUCUGUCACUUGGCAAACAGUCAUGAGACUGGAGGUCUUGCAUAACUCAGAUCCAGGUGUAAAAAUUGCAUGUAUGGUCAAUGUACAGAAAUGAGCUUAUGAAGAUGUUUCUAAUCUUCCUUCCCCAGUCAACAUAACCUUCCGGUGUGCCGAACAUUGACUUCUUGGUUUAGCUUCAGUUCAGCCUCGGAUAGACACUGGACAACAAAGUUGCUCUCUAAUGGGAAAUGGUUAUAUAUCUUUUGUUACCCACCUGUUCUUUUUUCCCCUAAUAUGUUGCCUUAUGCACAGCAGUAGACACAGAAUGAUUUGUUGCCAGCCUCGACCUGAUAAAUGAGACGUUGGAAUGAAGAUCAGAUUAAUGCCAGUCACCCAUUUGUUUUAACAUUCAGAGUUGUAUCAAGAGGGUCUUGUUAUUGAUGUUAGUUUAAAUACCUCAGUCUUCAACAUGGCUUGUUAAAGACCAUUUGUUUAAUGACUUAUGUAAGUUAGCAGUUGAAGAGAGAUCAAGCAGCUGAAAGCAUGUCUGCCCACAACCACGGUUUGUCAACUGUUUAUAAUCUGUUAAGUUGCCUACUGUUUUUAAAAGCCAAUUUGGUUUAGUACCUUUGGAUUGACAAUGGGGGCUUUUCAAUCACACAGCCUAUAGAAUAUAUAUAUAUAUAUAUAUAUAUAUAAUGACUGUACCAGCUUCACAGAUCGUGGUUUGAUUUGUUCAUACGGAGUUAUCUUUGAGGGUGGGGCAAAGCUCAUAUUGCACUGACGAGUUUUGGAGAUGCUGCCUUUACAGCAUAGGGCUCAUGUGUAUGUACUGUUUUUGAAGUCUGCAAAAGUUAAAUCAUUUUAUUAUAUUGAUGUAUUUUACAAUCAUGGCUGGCUCAAAUACAUAUACUGGUUCAAGAA